CAUGUUUUAAUUAACCUACACGGCUUGUAUUUGUAAUAACUCCUAUUAUCUUUAAUAACAAACCGGGUUACAGGUGAUUCCACCUACAACCCUUCCGAUUACUCACACUUAAUUUUUGCGUGAUAAUUUACACCAUCAAAUUGGCGCCACCCGUGGGACCGAUUACAAAAAAGUCAUGGCCAGUAAUCAGGAAACCGUGAUCUCACAAAUUUCUACUCCCGCUGAGAAUGUCAUUUCAUUCCCGGGAGGAAGUUCCCAACCGUCAAGCCAGGUUCCUACCCCCAUCAUCACCAUUCCACCACCUAUCCCAUUCACUUCCCCCGUGAACCCUGUUCCUGUUUUUCCUUCAAAUUUCCCCGGACCCCUUGAUCCAAUGUACAGUCAGGCUUUUCAGAAUUUUGGACAUUUCAUGUCCAUGUUCCAACAGCCGGGAGGGUUUUCACUUUUCAAUCCCGGAUUGUAUCCACAAUCCUCGCCUCAAACUAACGUCAUUCGCCCGAUCGUUCCGACAAACCUGAUCGGAGAGAUGGAUAAAGCUGGUCCAUUCCGGUCUAGAAGGAGCCGGUCCCGUAGGUCACAGACAAAGGUGACCUCGGACGGGGAUGUGCGUUCAGUGCACAUCAAAGACGAGGAUUGGGACGUCCCCCAGGCGAUCAAGAAGUUGAAGGGAAAGGCAGUACAGCCAGAAGGAUCUAGGAGGUCGGCCUUUCUGAGACUUGGCCAUGAUGGCCGAAAUCAGAACCGGCGAACGGAGCCAUCCCCACGCGAUGAGCCCCAGCACAGCCGGGCACCACGAGAGGAAGAAGCCGAAAGCCACCCCAGGCACACGACCCGUUCACACGUUGAGCAACCUCGGGAUCGUGUGGGCUGGGUCGAGGCACGUCUGGAGAAACUACAACGCCGAGUAGACCGAGAAGAAAAGAAGAAGGUUCUGCUGAACGAAUCUCCGUUCACAGACCGGGUUCAUGAAACACCAUUUCCAAAGAAGGCGAAACUUGAAGUCCCGAAGUUCACCGGGAAGGAGGACCCGGAAAUUCACGUCAAAACCCUCCAUCAAAGUGGGCAGAUGAUGGGUCUUUCCGGGGAUGAGAAAUGUUUGCUUUUCUUUCAGACCCUCCGCGGCCGAGCCGCCGAGUGGUUUCAUAACUUACCGGCCGGUGAAAUCGAUUCUUUCGAUGAACUGGCUGAGGUGUUUCAAGAAAAGUUCAAAGAAAACUGUACCAAGAGGAAAAAGUUUACCUACUUGAGUACAGCCGGGCAGCGAGAGCACGAGGAUCUGACAAAAUUCCUCACCCGGUGGAAGGAUGAGGUUGACAAGGUGGAGGAGAUGGACGACAAGACAGCAAUGUCCCUCCUUUCCUAUCAAGAGGCCUAUAACAUGGCCUGGGACUAUGCUGACGCUGAAGCCCAGGUGUCAUCCAAGAGGGAAGCCGAGCAGGGCCACUCAAAGGGAAAAGUUUCCUUGAAAAAGGAAAUUACAUUGCCCGGUAAGAUAAAAGCAGAAGUCAUGGAGGUAAAACCGGUCAAAACAGAGAAGAAACUGACCGGCGAGAAACAAUGGACGGAGAAGUAUUGCUCCUUUCACAAAACUGAUUCCCAUAACACUGCAGAGUGUAACAGUGUGAAGGGGGUAAUAAAGCAGAUGAUUGAGGCCGGUGAGAUUGAUCCUGAAUAUCUGGCCCAGGCUAAGCAAAAGAAGAACCAAUGGGUCAGACCAGAAGGACAACCGGCCGAGCAGAAUAAAAAGAAGAAAACCGCCGGUAAAGAGCAUUUACAGGUCAACUACGGUGGACCGGAAGGGGGAGAUUCUGCUUCCCAAAGGAAGAAGUGGGGGCGAGAACUCUACGUGGGGAUGGUAGCCCUCAAUCCUCGGUCAAAACAAGCAAGACGGGAACCGAUCACUUUUACUGACCGGGACCUCCCCCCCACCGGAGAAGAUCACAAUGACCCCCUGGUUAUAACUAUGGACAUGGGUGGAGUCGAUGUCUCCCGGGUACUCGUUGACACGGGAAGUAGUGUCAACGUUUUGUACUUGGAUGCAUUUGAAAAGCUCAAGCUGUGUCGGACACGGCUUGAGCCCUUAAAGACUCCCCUGUCCGGGUUCACCGGGGACUCUGUUGAAGCUGAAGGGUCAAUCCUUCUUACUUGUGAGUUAGGCACAGGAGACCAGGUCGUCCAGAAGCAAAUGAGGCUUUUAAGGGUAUUUAUAAUAAUCCUAAGCACGUCUCUGAUUAUUCAACCGGUCAGGCAGCUGACCGGCCCACCAGGUGCACUUGAGUAAAUCUUCGGGUAUUGGCAUCUGGUCUCCUCAUCCAACCGGUCAAAUAACCCGGGCUGAAAAAGACGCGUGCUGUUCGGUGAACCAACCGGGUGGUAUCCUUGGGUUAUUACCCAUCAGUGACCAUACAUUACUUUAUGCAUAUACUCCCUCCGUCCUAAUUCUUUCUUCCCAAUUUAACUUUUCCCCAUUUUUAAUUUUUGGCUUUGACUUUAAAUUUUACCCUCCUUAAAAAAGUUUUUUUGAAUUUUUUUUACAAUCAUUCAAAAUAUAGAGUUAGAAGAUAAUUAGUGUAAAUACAUGAGGGUAUUAAUG